CAAUUGUCAUCCACAGGCCUCCACUUCCUCGUCUCUCUUUAAAAGGGGCACACCACAACACAAAGCAUUCCCUUCGAGUUGAAGGCUUUCCAUUUUCACUUUCACUUUCUCUGUUUGCAAGUCCGUUGUGGUGUUGCAAGAAGUGAUCAGACUGAAGAAAGAGGAUGUGACAGUGAAAUUGAUGGCAGGAGUGAAAAACCCACUAACGGAAAGCUAAGUUUGAGAAAAAAAUAUUCUAAUCUUUCGUUUGGUACAUGUUGAUAUCGAUGGGUGUUUUUUUUCGGUUGGGAGUAGUAAAACCAAUUAUGCCAUUCCUUUCAGAAAGACCAGAUGAUAAAAAAUUAAAAUACAGUUCCUUUGUUUAUAAAUGGCAGUAAUCUUGUCCAUGCAGUAUGUUCUGGACGGAAAAUAGGGAACCCUUGUUUUGAUUUCUAAUCAUUUUCUCCUAGUGCCCAUAAAUGGAAGCUACAGAAAUCUAGGAGGCUUUUCAGUUUAUCAGAAACAGCUUCUUUUUCUGUUUUGUUUCUGGGUUUUAUUGAUGGAGCUAAGGGCAUCUCAGUAGUGCUUUUCCAGGAAAAAUAGAGGUUGUUCUUCCACCUUCGAAGCUCCAAGGUUGGGUUUGAGAUUGUCACCAGUAGCAUCUCAUGGUUGAUUCUGGAUAAUAUUUACUCUAAUAAUUACAGACACUGCAAAUCAACAUUAUUUUCUUGAGGACUAUCUGAGAAGAGGGAGUUAUGCUGAGAAAUAGAUCCAGAGCAAUGACCAGCUAGCAAGCAAUCUUUAAUGGCUGCAGAUCACAGCUCUCAACCAUCUCCCACCCAAAAAGGCACCAAACCCGUAGCAUUUUUCUUUGGUUGUCCCAGAUUUAGGACUUUCAAAGCAAAGGAUCUCUCCGAGACUCAAACUGUGGUGAGUCCAACCUCAAUUCUUGACACCAUACCAUUCUGUUCUCUUGGAAACCCAUUCACAUAUGACAGAAGCCAACCCAUAUCCGCAAAAUCUUCCUCAGAAAGCAAACACUCAUGGGGGGCAAAGGACUCGAAAGGCAUUGGCCUUGCUCUUAUAGAUACUCUACAUGAUGGAAGUAUUGAAGAGAAUUCUUUUAAACCCAGCAGUGGAAAGGUGAUAUUUGGUACAAAGCUUAGAGUUCAAAUCCCUCCUCCCCUGCCACCUUCUACACUAUCUCCAAAAUCUCCGGCUGAUUUCGGAAUCAAAACCCGGAAUUUCAAAUUAUCAGAAUUUGGGUCUCCAAGUUCUGGCAUCCAGACUAAGGAUUCUCCACGAGUUGUCACCGUUAGUCUCUCUGUGAGUGAGAUGGAGCUUUCUGAGGAUUAUACAUGUGUCAUAUGUCGUGGGCCUUCUCCAAGAACCACUCAUAUAUUUGAUGACUGCAUCGUGGAGACCUAUCAUUCUUUACCGGGUGAGACAAGCUCUUCCUUGGAAAACUUCCUAAGUUUCUGCUUCACUUGCAAGAAGACUCUUGAACAGACUGAAGACAUUUACAUCUACAGGUAUGAUCCAUUUCCUCCUUUUAAAUUUACAGCAAGGGGUGAGAAAGCUUUUUGCAGUCACAAAUGCCGUCACCAAGAGAUGCUCUUAGACGGAGUGGAGAAUCCUGACUUUGAUCAUCCCCAUGAAGAAUUCUCUUGAUAAGCAGCAGUCUUUCCUCCUCCACAGCUCAAAAAGGCUGCGUUUUCAGCAGGAUAUCGUCACUUUUCCCAAAUCUUGAUUAUCAUCACGGUAAUGUAAAAAAGAAGU